AUGUUUCAGGUGCUUCGCUCCUGGCACUUGGCUCAAGGCUGUACCAUGAUUGAAGGAAAAGAUGACAGAGGGAGCAAGAAGCAGAGUGAUUUGUCCAAGCACAAGGAUGCGGAGCAAAGGAAGGAGGACAGGAGGGAGGACCGGAGAUGGGCUACCACAGAAGUGGAGCGGAGUGAAGUCAAGACUGAGCAAACCGCUCCUGAGAAAGAUCACUCUCAGCAAGUGAGUAAGACCGAGGUCGAGCCAAAAGGAACUUGGACAGUUGAGGUCUCGAUCGCCGUCUCGGCGCAAAGCUUGGGGCAAUUUGUGAUUUCACCACUGGACUUGGUUCAAGACUUAAAAGCCAGGAUUGCCUCUCAACUUUGCCCAACAAGACCCUGGGCUGUAAAUGGGAAACUCUUGCAUGGCUCUAGUGUGCUGGAGGAAAAGGAUUCCUUGAAGGAUGCAGGAGUGGAAGACUCGUCAGACCUUCAGUUCCUCUCACUGAUGACAGUUUCCAGAGAGGAUGCCCUUCCCAGGAACGAACUCCUUUUGCUUCCAGAAGUUCUGAACCAGGUCUUGAACCCUUGCACCAUCAAAGCUUAUCAACCAAAGGUGCAGUGGGUCUUGGAGAGCUUUGUCACGAGGGGAUCUGACGCAGAACUGGAGCAAGACUGGGCACAUGCGAGUGCCAGAGAAGGCGUCCAAUGUGAGGAUUUGACCAACCCCGAAGGGUCUGAUGAGCUGUGGCUUUGCUUCAGGGAUGGACACCUGGGUGCCUUGAGACACCGGAAGUAUGUGAUGACAUGCAACUACCAGAAAGGCCUGCUACGCUUGAGCUACUUUGGGCUCAAUGAUGGAUCUUUCGUUCCCAGCGAGGCACCGCCACAUGGAUGGCACGAAAGGGACUCCGACGGCGAUCAAAGGGGUCGGAGCGCUGCGCCGCUCCUGGCACCUAUUCUCGGCAACAUGAGGCAGAACAACUUGGUGACCUGCUUUACGAUGGCCUCUCAGCAGUUGGCGUUGCCCUGCUCAUUGCUCGCGCUGAAGUCUGAGGGCUUUGAAGUGUUAGAGGUCCUGUCAGCAGAUCGGUUGCAUGGAUUUGGCUUGCGGGUGGCCUUUGACCUGCUGCUCGCUGUGAGGUCUGUCAAGACGCUUGAGACGUGCAUUGUCGCUGCUUACUUUCACCCUAUGAUGACCGCUUCCGAGUUCACCGUGGAUACGUCCAGCGAAGACUUCUCGCAGAGGUAUUUCAACCAAAAGAUUUUCCGGAGUCUCCUCGACGCAUCGGUUGGUGACAGCAUUGACCAAGUUUUGGUCAUGUGGCACAUCGACCUGGUGCAGACGCUCCGUUUCACCUUUGGGCCCAUUCCUCCUGCCUUUCGAAGCUUCCGCCAGCAGCUUGCAAAGCAAUGGCUGCCCGAAAGCCAAUCGAGGAUUCAGAGUUUCAAUCAGCUCUUGCAACAUGAACUGGUGGCCCAGAUCCCAUUGGAACCUUAUUUGUUGGAGCUACCGAAGACGGUCUGUCCCAAUCCUUCCUGCCCUGCUGGCUCUGACUGUGCCAAGCAUCAACACCUUUUCUCGCUUUCGGUGGCACCUGUUUGCCCCGGUGGAGACCGGUGCAAUCGAAACCUGAAGCGCCGGGUUCGCCCCUGCCGGCGCCACCAUUGCCGCGGGCCAACAGGUCAAGCUGGAUGCAAUUGCAUACGACUCUGGAUCCCAACGGUGGCUGGUGCUCGAUGGUCAGCGAGCCGUGCGAGCCCAAAGGGCAAGGCCAAAGCGAAGAGCAAGAAGAAGAGCUAUGUCGAGGCGGAGGACGAAGAGAUUGGAGGCCUGGAGAAGUUGAGGAGCUUCCUCAGUGGCAUCAAGACAAUCUGA